AUGGCUCCAAUGAUCCAACUCUGUCCACAGGCUAUGGCCCAACCACUCAUCAGCUUCUCAAAAAGAGGAUUAGCAGAAAGUGCCAAAUCAACUGGAGAAGCUUUCAAGAGCUGGGAUACAUGCAUGGAUAACACGUUUUGCAAGAUUGUGGCGAUUGUGGGAAUUGUUCUGGGAGGAAUGCUGGUUCUGUGGGUACUCACAGCCUUUUUCAGAUGCUGCUUCUUUGGAGUAUCUGCUUUCAGCGCCUGUUGUGCGCUGUGCUCUUGCUGUGCCUGCUGCUGUAACGAUAAGAUCAACAGAGAGGCCAACCAAGGUAACUACGCAGCAGCAAAUAACCCAGCCAUGUACCCAGCUUCAAAUCCUUACCAGGCAUACAAUUAUCAGCCACAGCCGGUUUACGGAAACCAGUCCAAUAACAACUUUGCUCCUGACUAUUAUGUGAACAGGUCAGUGGACGAUACAGACUACGAGAUGGAGAAGUAUCCAAAGAUAAAUACCUAUGAGGUUCCUGCUGAACAGGAAAGAACAAGAUUCUAA